AGGGUGGGGAGAGAAGCGAGCCAGCGAGGGAGGGAGGGAGUGGGAGGAGGAGGAGAGGGAGCCGAACGACCAUUUAAAGCGAUAGCAAUCCCUGCCCUCUCCCCAGUGCUGGGCUGUAGGAGAGAGCGAGCUGCACGCUGGUGAGCGCGAGCGCGGCGUGCUGGCCGGCGAACCAGAGAGCGCGAGGAGCCCCAGGCUGGCAGGCGCCUCGGGACCCCUCACCCUCUCUGGUCGCCCCUCCCCCGACUCCCCCACCCUUCGUGCCUGGAGGAGCCCCUGGGCUUUCCCGGAGGAGCAAACCCAGAGGGGCCCGGACCUCGGCGAUCCCACAACCGUCCCCUCCAGCGGCUGCCGCCACCGCAGCAGCCAGAGCAGCAUGGUCCAGCUGAGGAAGCUGCUCCGCGUCCUGACUUUGAUGAAGUUCCCCUGCUGCGUGCUGGAGGUGCUCCUGUGCGCGCUGGCGGCAGCAGCGCGCGGCCAGGAGAUGUACGCCCCGCACUCAAUCCGGAUCGAGGGGGACGUCACCCUUGGGGGGCUGUUCCCCGUGCACGCCAAGGGUCCCAGCGGAGUGCCCUGCGGCGACAUCAAGAGGGAGAACGGGAUCCACAGGCUGGAAGCGAUGCUCUACGCCCUGGACCAGAUCAACAGUGAUCCUAACCUACUGCCCAACGUGACGCUGGGCGCGCGGAUCCUGGACACUUGUUCCAGGGACACUUAUGCGCUCGAACAGUCGCUCACUUUCGUCCAGGCGCUCAUCCAGAAGGACACCUCCGACGUGCGCUGCACCAACGGUGAACCCCCGGUUUUCGUCAAGCCGGAGAAAGUAGUUGGAGUGAUUGGGGCUUCGGGGAGUUCGGUCUCCAUCAUGGUAGCCAACAUCCUGAGGCUCUUCCAGAUCCCCCAGAUUAGUUAUGCAUCAACGGCACCCGAGCUAAGUGAUGACCGGCGCUAUGACUUCUUCUCUCGCGUGGUGCCGCCCGAUUCCUUCCAAGCCCAGGCCAUGGUAGACAUUGUAAAGGCCCUUGGCUGGAAUUAUGUGUCUACUCUUGCAUCCGAAGGAAGUUAUGGAGAGAAAGGUGUGGAGUCCUUCACGCAGAUUUCCAAAGAGGCAGGCGGACUCUGCAUUGCCCAGUCCGUGAGAAUCCCCCAAGAGCGCAAAGACAGGACCAUUGACUUUGAUAGAAUUAUCAAACAGCUCCUGGACACCCCCAACUCCAGGGCCGUCGUGAUUUUUGCCAACGACGAGGAUAUAAAGCAGAUCCUUGCAGCAGCCAAAAGAGCUGACCAAGUUGGUCAUUUUCUUUGGGUGGGAUCAGACAGCUGGGGAUCCAAAAUAAACCCACUGCACCAGCAUGAAGAUAUAGCAGAAGGGGCCAUCACCAUUCAGCCCAAGCGAGCCACGGUGGAAGGGUUUGAUGCCUACUUUACGUCCCGCACACUUGAAAACAACAGAAGAAAUGUAUGGUUUGCCGAAUACUGGGAGGAAAACUUCAACUGCAAGUUGACAAUUAGUGGGUCAAAAAAAGAAGACACAGAUCGCAAAUGCACAGGACAGGAGAGAAUUGGAAAAGAUUCUAACUAUGAGCAGGAGGGUAAAGUCCAGUUCGUGAUCGAUGCAGUCUAUGCUAUGGCUCAUGCCCUUCAUCACAUGAACAAGGAUCUCUGUGCUGACUACCGGGGUGUCUGCCCAGAGAUGGAGCAAGCUGGAGGCAAGAAGUUGCUGAAGUAUAUCCGCAAUGUUAACUUCAAUGGUAGUGCUGGCACUCCAGUGAUGUUUAACAAGAACGGGGAUGCACCUGGGCGUUAUGACAUCUUUCAGUACCAGACCACAAACACCAGCAACCCUGGUUACCGUCUGAUCGGGCAGUGGACAGACGAACUUCAGCUCAACAUAGAAGACAUGCAGUGGGGUAAAGGAGUCCGAGAGAUACCCCCCUCAGUGUGCACACUACCAUGUAAGCCUGGACAGAGAAAGAAGACACAGAAAGGAACUCCUUGCUGUUGGACCUGUGAGCCUUGUGAUGGUUACCAGUAUCAGUUUGAUGAGAUGACAUGCCAACAUUGCCCCUAUGACCAGAGGCCCAAUGAAAAUCGAACCGGUUGCCAGGAUAUUCCCAUCAUCAAACUGGAGUGGCACUCCCCCUGGGCUGUGAUUCCUGUCUUCCUGGCAAUGUUGGGGAUCAUUGCCACCAUCUUUGUCAUGGCCACUUUCAUCCGCUACAAUGACACGCCCAUUGUCCGCGCAUCUGGGCGGGAACUCAGCUACGUUCUUUUGACAGGCAUCUUUCUUUGCUACAUCAUCACUUUCCUGAUGAUUGCCAAACCUGAUGUGGCAGUGUGUUCAUUCCGGCGUGUUUUCUUGGGCUUGGGUAUGUGCAUCAGUUAUGCAGCCCUUUUGACAAAAACAAAUCGGAUUUACCGCAUAUUUGAGCAGGGCAAGAAAUCAGUGACAGCUCCCAGACUCAUAAGCCCAACAUCGCAACUGGCAAUCACUUCCAGUUUAAUAUCAGUUCAGCUUCUAGGGGUUUUCAUUUGGUUUGGUGUUGAUCCACCCAAUAUCAUCAUAGACUAUGAUGAACAUAAAACAAUGAACCCUGAGCAGGCCAGAGGAGUUCUCAAGUGUGACAUUACAGAUCUCCAAAUCAUUUGCUCCUUGGGAUAUAGCAUUCUUCUCAUGGUCACAUGUACUGUGUAUGCCAUCAAGACUCGGGGUGUACCAGAGAAUUUUAAUGAAGCCAAGCCCAUUGGAUUCACUAUGUACACGACAUGUAUAGUAUGGCUUGCCUUCAUUCCAAUUUUUUUUGGCACUGCUCAAUCAGCGGAAAAGCUCUACAUACAAACUACCACACUUACAAUCUCCAUGAACCUAAGUGCAUCAGUGGCGCUGGGGAUGCUAUACAUGCCGAAAGUGUACAUCAUCAUUUUUCACCCUGAACUCAAUGUCCAGAAACGGAAGCGAAGCUUCAAGGCGGUAGUCACAGCAGCCACCAUGUCUUCGAGGCUGUCACACAAACCCAGUGACAGACCCAACGGUGAGGCAAAGACAGAGCUCUGUGAAAACGUAGACCCAAACAGCCCUGCUGCAAAAAAGAAGUAUGUCAGUUAUAAUAACCUGGUUAUCUAACCUGUUCCAUCCCAUGGAACUAUGGAGGAGGAAGACCCUCAGUUAUUUUGUCACCCAACCUGGCAUAGGACUCUUUGGUCCUACCCGCUUCCCAUCACCAGAGGAGCUUCCCCAGCCAGGAGACCAAUGUUAGAGGAUCCAAGUGACCUAAACAGCUGCUUUAUGAAAUAUCCUUACUUUAUCUUGGCUUAAUAAGUCACUGACAUCAGCACUGCCAACUCGGCUGCAAUUUUGGACGUUCCCUACCAAAGGGAGUGUUGAAACUUAAGUCCCGCCCCGGCUCUUUAGGAUGGACUGCUGAGAGCCACAGGACCGUUUUGGGGCUGACCUGUCUUACUACGUAUGUACUUCUAGGUUGCAAGGUUUUGAAAUUUUCUGUACAGUUUGUGAGGACUUUUGCACUUUGCCAUCUGAUGUUGUACCUCGGUUCACUGUUUGUUUUCGAAUGCCUUGUUUUCAUAGAGCCCUAUUCUCUCAGAUGGUGGAAUAUUUGGAAAAAUUUUAAAACAAAAUUUUAAAGAGAUCUCGGCAGACUAAAAAACCGUACAUCUGUACAUGACUGUAUAAUUAUGAUUACAGUACCACUGCACAUCAUGUUAUUUUUUUAAGACAAAAAAGAUGUUUAAAGACCAAAAACUGUGCUGAGAAAGUAUGCCCCACCUAUCUUUGGUAUACUAUAGGUUACACAAAAGGAAGGUAUUGGCUGAACUGAAUAGAGGUCUUGAUCUUUGGAAUGCAUGCCAGUAAUGUAUUUUACAGUACAUGUUUAUUAUGUUCAAUAUUUGUAUUUGUGUUCUCUUUUGUUAUUUUAAUUAGGGUAUAUGAAUAUUUUGCAAUAAUUUUAAUUAUUAAGCUGUUUGAAGGAAAGAAUAUGGAUUUUUCAUGUCUUGAGGUUUUGUUCAUGCCCCCUUUGACUGAUCAGUGUGAUAAGGACUUCAAAAAAAAAAAGCAUGUAUGUUUUUUACUGUUUGUAAUAAGUACUUUCGUUAAUCUUGCUGCUUAUGUGCCAAUUUAGUGGGAAAAAACAACCCUUGCUGAAAAAUUCCCUCUUUCCAUUCUCUUUCAAUUCUGUGAUAUUGUCCAAGAAUGUAUCAAUAAAAUACUUUGGUUAACUUUUUUA